AUGGAAGACUGGGAGGAGAAAGGGACCCUGCCUCCAGGUGUUUCUAAAAAGAGAAAUAGCUCCAAACCCUUCCGUGUUGGUAAAAAGUUACUUUCCAGUACAAAGAAAAAACAGGGCAUGAGGAAUUCUGAAGGUACCCACACCCAAGGCCUGUUAGUAGGGAAUGAGGUGUGGUCAGGGCUCUCAGUGUUCUGCUUCUUGGUGGAAGAAGAGAUCAAAUGCCUGGCCACAGAGAAGGUUAAGUACACUGAGGGAGUUGACUACAUCAUGCAGUUACCUGUGCCCAUGGAUGCAGCCCUUAACAAAGAGGAGCUUCUAGAGUAUGAAGAGAAGCAGUGGCAAGCUGAGGAGGAGAAAGUACUACUGCCGGAACUGGUUCGGGCCCAGGUGCCCUUCAGCUCCUGUCUGGAAACCUAUGGGGCCCUUGAGCAGGUGGACGACUUCUGGAGCACAGCCCUACAGGCGAAAUCAGUAGCUGUCAAGACUACACGGUUUGCCUCCUUCCCUCACUACCUGGUCAUCUAGAUCAAGAAGUUCGCCUUUGGCUUAGACUGGGUGCCCAAGAAACUGAAUGUGUCCAUUGAGAUGCCAGAGGAGCUAGACAUCUCCCAGUUGAGGGGCGCAGGGCUACAGCCAGGAGAGGAGGAGCUGCCUGACAUUGCCCCACCCCUGGUCACUCCGGAUGAGCCCAAAGCACCCAUGUUGGAUGAAUCUGUUAUAGAAUUGAUGGAAAUGGGCUUCCCCAUGGACACCUGCCAGAAAGCUGUGUACUAUACAGGGAAUAGUGGGGCCAAAGCAGCCAUGAAUUGGGUCAUGUUGCACAUCGAUGAUCCAGAUUUUGCAAAUCCCCUCAUCCUUCCUGGCUCCAGUGGGCCUGGCUCCACCAGUGCAGCAGCUGAUCCCCCACCAGAAGAUUGUGUGACCACCAUUGUUUCCAUGGGCUUCUCAAGGGACCAGGCCCUGAAACCACUGCGGGCCACGAACAAUAGUUUAGAACAGGCUGUAGACUGGAUCUUCAGUCACAUUGAUGACCGAGAUGCAGAAGCUGCCAUGGACAUCUCAGAGGGAAGUUCAGCUGCUGACUCCAUCUCUGAGUCUAUGCCAGUGGGACCUAAAGACCGGGAUGAUCCUGGAAAGUAUCAGCUCUUUGCCUUCAUUAGUCACAUGGGGACUUCUACUAUGUGUGGUCACUAUGUCUGCCAUAACAAGAAGGAAGGCAGAUGGGUGAUCAACAAUGACCAGAAAGUGUGUGCCUCUGAAAAGCCACCCAAAGGCCUGGGCUACAUUUACUUCUACCAGAGAGUGGUCAGCUAAGAGCCUGACCUCAACUGUUACCACUU